GGCACCACGUCAUGCCAUUCCCUCAAGUGCUGUCACUGGUCACCAGAACUCAGAGAUCAGUGCCAUAAAAAGCUUGCAUGCAUGCUAGUUCUUGCCAUCACGUAUGUUAACGAAGUGGAGUGUUAGUGAUAGAAAAACGAAAACAAAAAAAAGGUGCUUUUAAAAAAACAUGCUGUGAUUCAUGUCUGUGGUAACGGAGUCAAAAGUAUCUUCUCUGUAGUGCAUUUUUGAGUAAAGGUAAAUUGUAAAUGUAUCUCAUUGUUCUUGGUUACAGUAAACGAACGUGCAUAAUUUCGGAACUUAUUAUACUUGUAUGUUUAAAGGUUGCGUGGAGUUUUGGGAUUUAUUUCAAAUCAAGAUACGAGCCGAAGUGCUCAUAACAGAAUUCCGUCUGUAUUUCCCAGGGCCUGGGUUUCAGCCCCCCCGCGCACUCCCACAACGACUGGAUCGGGCCCCCGGACAAGCAUUCCAACCUGCGCCCCGUCAUCUUCUACAUGCCCCCCGAGGAGUCGCCCCUGGAGCGGCGGCUGCGGGAGGCACGGCAGGAGGCCCAGGCCUGCAACCAGCACUUCUGGGCACGGCACAACUGUGCCUUCCGACAGGUCAAAAAGCAACACUGAAUGCAGAAGAAAUGGCUGACUUUUACAAGGACUUUCUAAGUAAAAAUUUUAGAAAACAUAUGCAGUAUAACAGGUGGCCAACUAUGCCCUUUUCAACACAUGUAUCUUCAUCCACUUACGAACAAAUCUUAGCCAUUGCACAGCACUGUCAGGAAGUUAUUCUAGAUAGUUUGGUGAUCAGCUUUACUUUUGAGACAUGAGAUAUGGUUUAACUACUUUAUCUUACCUGAUUUCAAAUACAGUUAGAACCCUGUUGUCCAUUCAUGGAUGUGGAUAUACACAUAGACUUUUUCAUAGGUUAUUUAACUCCCAUUAGGCAGAAAAAGUGUUGCCACAAAGAACACAAAAUGCAGGUUAUCACUGAAUUGUCAUUUGUCAAUGCCAAAGGAUAUUUUAAUAUAAUUGUGUACCCUUUUCCUGUUCUUGUUCUGUGUGCUGAUUAUUUUCUUGGCUUUGGAAUCCUAGAGAUUGGUAUAAACGUAAUUUUACGAUCACAUUCCUCAUGGGACAAGUAGCACUGGCAAGAGCUCUGAGAUGGCUUCGUUGGAAAAAGAAAAAUGUAGAACAUUAAUCACAGCUCUGUGAAGAAUGCAACACUAGCUAGGCCUGGUAUAAACAUGUUGUUUAUAGUGAUGUUCAGAAUCUGAAUGAUGUAAUAAUUGCUUGAGUCUGUUUGUUAAACUAUGUCAAUAAAAGUCAAUAUUGGUCUUAAUUUAUAAUCA